GGCUAGGCUGCGCGGGCCGCGGUGGGGCAGGUGCGGCUGCUGCGGGCAGGUGGUGGAGCGGCGCGGGCCGGCUGCGGUGCCAGGAACUGCUGAAACUCAGAUUGUGGUGAGGAGCCUCUUUCCCUAUCCACUUCUGCCGUGGGAGCAUGCAGACACUCCGUUUGCCAUGAGCUGUGACCCCACUGGCUUUCCCUGGCAACCACACAGCCCCACUCCGAGCCUGCCAGCUCAGCUGCUGCUUCUCCAUUUCCAAUGUUCCUAAUCCUCAUGGAUCCACAAAGGUAACCAUGGCAACACGGAUUGAGGUUGGUUCCAUAACAUCCCUGACAAGGGUGCCAGGCCUUGGCGACAUCAGCAAGGAGGAGACCCUGAAGCGGACCUUGUUUCACCAGGCAAGUGACACCUCUGGAGCUCCCUCAGCCCGGAUCCUAGAAAGACAAAGCCCCCUGCAGACCUCAGCCCACUUGUUCCCUCUGCCAAGACUCACCCCUAAACCUUUCUCCAAGGAGCAGGCCUCCAACGUCAAGUCUCCUGUAGGAUCUUUGUGGCUAGGUCCCACUAGGCCAUCUCCCAUUGGGUUCUCUGAAGAGGCAGCAGCCAAGGAUCCAGACCUGAGGAUGCCCAGUUUGGCAGGGCAGGAGGUAGAUGGUAGGGACAGCCCUGGGAAAAGUGCGUCUGUGAUCAACAAGGCAGUGUUCCUGCAUCCCAGCCCCAGCACUGGCCCCAGCACCAUGAUUCUCUUUGAGACCAUAAAAGCUGGUCUCACUCUGGGGAAAGGGCUCAGCCAGGGGGUUCAGGAGGCUGGCACAGGGGUGUCCCAGGAACCCCUCUCCAGUGCUCGGCUGGAGGUGGCCGCCAAGCCUGCUUUGCCUGCCCGAAAACCCAUGGGAACCCUUUCCCGACCGGCUUCCCUGCCGCAGGAUGCACAGUCAGCCCCAUGCCAAGUGGAGCGAGUCCCAGAGCAGCCUCUCUCAAAGGCCAGCAGUGUGGAGGACACCAUGAUUCCUGUGCCAGAGCUUAGGCCUCGCCCGAAGAGGAGGCCCGUGUCAGCUAUUUUCACAGAGUGUGCCCAGCCUCUGAAGCCAGGCCCAGGAGGGGCGGCUGGGGCGGGCAAGGUGCCCCCCACCCCUCCUGAGAAGACGUGGGUGAGGAGGCCCCGGCCUUUGUCCAUGGACCUCACGGCCCGGUUCGAGAGCAGGGAGGCCUUGCUGAGGAAAGUGGCUGAUGAGGGAAAAGGAGGCGAGUGUCACAGGCCGGAGAGGGCCAACCUGGAGGCCAGAGUGGAUGGGGACUGUUCUGUCCAAGCAAGAGCCCUGCACCAUGACCCAGACACAGACUUCCUGGAGGGGACCAAGAAAGUCUGUGAACAGAAGGAGAAGCUGAUUUUUAAGCAGGCAGAAAUCGGUGGCUUCAGGGCCCAGGGGUACUCAGCCAGGACUCCGCCUGCAGCUGACCAGAGUACUCAGGAAGAAAAGGCCAGGCUGGGCCAGGAGCCAGAGAAGAUGCCGGAGUCCCCUUUGCCCAGGUCAGGAAGAGGGCUGGAAUGUUCUGGGGUCAAGAACAGAGGGGGUGCUGAGGAGUCCUUGGUGGGGACGGAGUGGACCUCCAGGGGGAGCGUCAAGAAGCGCCUCAGCCUGUUUCAGGAGGAGAUGACCUUGGCCUCAGCAGGAGGAUCAGACCCUCCCUCGGCCACCCUGGAGCCCCCAUUGGCAACACCAGAGCCUGAGAAAGUGGGCAUGAGCGUCCAGGAACGGAUCAAAGGCUGGGCCACUGAGAGCUUGGAGGUGAAGCCUGAGAUCAGGAGGAGGACGCGCCAGUCACGGCCACUAUCAGCGGAUUUGACCAAAGUGUUCUCAAGUUCAGCUUCAAGCAAUGAGGUCAGGUAUGAGAAGUGCACUGGGCUGGGCAGCCAGUCUCCUAAGGAGCCCAGCGGGAAGCCAAAGGUAGGACAUGGUUUGGACAGAGCACCUGCCCCAAGAGACCCUUGGAAGCCUGGGGUGCCCCACAAGAAGUGCGAGCAGGCAGAGCACAAAGACAGUUCUAACCAGAACUCCAGCAGCUGUCAGUGUGACAGUGCAGGGAGGGCUCCUGGCCCUUCUGAAAUCACUCCAGAAGAUGAUGGAAACUUCCAGAUGGUGUGGGCCACAGUGUUUGAGCAUCACGUGGAGAGACACAUGGUGGCUGACCAGUCAGGACAGUGUCUCUUAGACACAUCCUCUCGUAAUGAUGUCUCUGAGCCUAGACCCAGGUCUGAGAAAGGCCCUUGGAUGGGGAAGGACCCACCAGAAGUGACAAACCCCAGGAGGAAGAACUCCAAGUGGCCUGAAAGUCCUGAGCCAGGGAAAUUGGAAGGAGCUGCCCUGCUGGACGGUGAGCCAAGACAAUAUUGCACAGCCACCCUGGAAAAAUGCCCUGUGGGUGACACACACAGUGAUAACUCCUUCCUGAAGCACUCGGAAAAUCCUCUCCUGUCACAGAAGGUUGAGCCCAGGUAUGACAUUGUGCACGCGAUAGGGGAGCGCGCACACAGUGAGGCUCUCGCCACAGCACCCGGGGAACAGGCUGUGACACUCCGCAGUGGCAGGUCCCGGCUCUCGCUGACAGGGAGGCAGCUGUCCCAGGAGGUCAGCCCUGCCAACCCAGAGCAUCCUCUGGAAGGUCAGGCAGGGUCUGUUCAAAGGGUCAGUUUGAUUUGGGAAGCUCGAGGGCAGGAAGCCACUGGGCCAAAGCUUGACCUUCGUGAGCCAAAGGACACAUUUGGGGACAGUUGCUCACCAUCCAAAUGGACAAAUGAGUCAGUGGUAAACUGGCAUCAAGCCACCCUGAUGGCCAGCACAGAGCCCUGUACUCCUGAAGCCACUUUCGGGAGGGCUGUCAAGGUUGCCAUCUGGGAAGGUCAGCACCAGAGGCCUGGUGGGGUUGGAAAUGGGUCAAGAGGCCACAUUUCUGCAGCAGAGAGAGGUCUGCCCCGAGGGUGUGCUCUGGACCCUCCUAUGGCUAAGGCCAAGUUUGAGCCCUCUGGCUCCCGACUUGAGGCACACCCAGAGGCGUUUCUCAUGCAAAAAAGACCCCUCAUGACUACCAGUGAGGGUGCUGUGAGGGUGGAGCCUGAGGCCAGAGUGCCAAAAGCCAGCCCCACAGACCUGAGGAUGGACAGAUGGAGGCGGCGGACUUUACCCCAUGAUACAAAAUUUGAAGCAUUCAGCUUGCUCCCCUCAGAUAACUCUUCAAAAGUAGAUCAGAGACAAACAGAUUCCUUGAGCCCCACAGCCAGUGCCUUAAGAAAACCUCAGCUGUCCCACAGUCAUGUGGGAACACAGGAGAUGACCCCAGGUGCCCCACGGGACUGCACCUCCCCAGCCACAAAAACAGGGUCAUCUGCAGAACCCAAGGCGAUGUUUUUUGCAGUCACUUAUCAGAUUCCUGAUAUUCAAACUGCAAAAAGUGUUGUUAAGUCAGGGCCUGAGAAUUCACUGGAGCAGCCUCGAAAAAUAGCUCCGCCUCCGUCACCUCAUUCUUUUAUAACUACUUUGGUGUCUCCUCACCGUGAAGAGCCACAGGUUUCUGCAGGCAGUAAAACCUGGGCUAAGGGAAGAGAGUGUGAAGAGGUAAUGAGUGCUUCAAAAAAUCUGAAGUCAAGAGACUGUCAGUUCUCUGUGGGAGACCAAAUUCUGGACCCUUCUGGAGAAGGGGCUGUCAGUGUGGAUGCUCUCGGGACUCAUCAGGGGUCAGAAGGCAUGAGUUUUCAGAACGACCAGAAGGACAGUGGCAGCAGGAUGUCCCCUGGCAGUGCUCCCCAAACUACCCCAACCCUGAGAAGUCACCCGAGAGCCAGCAGUCUGCUGGUCAGAAGGAGGACAGCAGUGGUCAGCGAGACAUUCCCAGGAAAAAUGAAGGAUGGCUACAAAUCCAGUGUUCUCGAUAUCGAUGCCCUGAUGGCUGAGUACAAGGAACAGUCAUCCAAAGUCCCUGGCGAGCGGAGGGACAGUCCCAUUGCAGAGCUCAGCGGCUCAUCUUGGGAGAUACCAGGCUGCCCCAGCAGGCCGGACUGGGGAAGGAGGAGCCCCAAGGAGGCUCCUGUCAGGGAAGCUCCUCAGAAACAGGCCAUCAUCAGGGAUGCAAGCCACAGUGCCACUCCUGGCUCAGGCAAGCAGCUGGAAAAGACCCUGGAGGCCACUGCAACCCCCAAGUCUGGCUGUCCUUUGUGGGCUCUGCCACACUCAGCUUCUGCCGACAGGUAUCCUGUGGUCUCUUCCAUCCCUGCCGGGCCCAGGAAGAAAGCCUUGGGAAUCUCAGAGAAUGAAAACAAGGCCUUUGCUAGCAGCCACCAUGACACAAAGUUUCAGAAUUAUGUGGUUGUGGCAAAGCCCUCUGGCUGGGAAGAUCCAGGUAGUGGGGACAGACUGGCACCCAAAUCUCCUGCUGACCAGAAUAAAGGGGCCCUAAGAAAAUUCACCUGGCAGGGAGAGGAGGAAAGUGUGGUCCAGAGGGGCGACCCUCAUCGUGACUGUGGAAGGUCACCGCUGGAUAUCAAGAGGGCUUCUUCUGAAAAAGGCCGCCCCGCCAAGGUCCGAGAGGGUCUGUACCUCAUGCAGGAAGCCAGACAGAGGAGACAAGAGCAGCCCAAAGCGAGGCCCAGCCUCCCUGCAGAGAGUCCAGACACCAGAGUGGGGCCUUUUCGGUGGGAGCCAAGGACUCGAGACGGUCACAAGGUGACAUCGCGAGACCUGGAGCGAGGGGAUGCCCGCCAGUAUAAUGAGCAGCUGCCCAGGGAGCCGACACCAUUGUCCUCAGGCACCCAAAGAAGUCACAGCUUUUGUAAAGACAAGAGAAGUGGGCCCUGUGCGGACCAGCUGAAGCAGUGCUUCUCCAGGCGACCCACUGAGGCCAAGGACACUGAUACCCUCGUGCAUGAAGCUGACGGCCAGUAUGGGACUUGGGCAGAGCAGUGCCAGAGUGCGGACAGCCUGGCCCUCGAGUCUCCGUCUCCUGACAGUAGCACCACAUCUGUGCGGAAACAGCCCCCCGGAAGCCGCCUGUCAUCCCUGUCCUCCCAGACAGAGCCCACCUCAGCGGGGGACCAGCAGAGCGCCAGCGUGGACCACUCCAGCUCUGAGCUGGACUCUACAGAUGGGGCAGAGGCGCUGCCCCGACAGGACACCUGCCCUGCCCAGGGGGCAGAUGACUUCUCCUUCAUCCAUCAAACCUCAGUCCUGGACUCUAGUGCUCUCAAGACCCGGGUGCAGCUCAGCAAGAAAAGCCGCCGCCGGGCUCCUAUCUCUCACUCCCUCCGACGAAGCCGAUUCAGCGAGUCAGAGAGCCAGUCCCCUUUGGAGGAGGACACCAGUAGCACCUGGAUGUUCAAGGACUCAACAGAAGAGAAAUCACCCAGGAGGGAAGAAUCUGAUGAGGAGGAGAUGACGUCCAGGACAGAGAGGACACCAAUCAGCCAGCCUCAGAGGAUCCCUGUGUUUCCAGGCAUGGACCCAGCAGCCCUGAAGGCUCAGCUGCACAAGAGGCCAGAGGUGGACAGUCCUGGUGAGACCCCAGGCCGGGUCCCCCAGCCCAAGACCCCCAAGUCCCUGUUCCAGCCUGGGGGGCUGGGCAGUCGAGUGCUUCCUUCCAGCGUGGAAAAGGAUGAGAGGUCAGAAGAACCUUCUCCCCAGUGGCUAAGGGAGCUGAAAUCCAAGAAGCGGCAAAGCCUGUAUGAGAAUCACGUGUGACAGGCAGGGAGCAGUGCCACAUCAAUUAACAGAAGCCUUAACCGUCAGACUGUCAUGAGCUGCAGAGAGGCCAAGCUGCUGCCCUCCCUCCCGCACCAUGCUCACGUGCCUGGAUCCUCUCGGGGCCAGAGACCAUGCUCCAGGGUCCAAAUCUCACAGGAAGGCCUCCCCUCUGUGAGGACCUGCUCAGGUCCAAGACAGAAGGCUGGGACGGAGGCCAGGCUGCCCAGAAAUGCCCUCUGCUGGGGGUUUUGCUUUAAUAUCAGUUUGCAUUUCUACCCUCGUUCAACACCUUCUGCAUCUCCAGGAACAUCAGUGCAAGCCUGGAUUCUCUGCCUUGGUUCUGAAAACACCUGAAUUGGGAGACCAACUCUUGGCUUUUCACUAGGAAAGGACAUUUAAGAAAGUUCAAACCAUUCACUUGCUGCUGUUAUCUUGGUCCAAGGCAUUACCAUGGGGUGUUGGGAGUUUUGAUUGCUUUGACAGGUUCCUUUUUCCUCAUGACAAAUCAGCUUUUCCAAUUUUUAAACAUACCCUCCCUGAUUCUUUUAAGUAUAUUUCUCCUUCUAGUUGGGCUGUGUGCAUAGCUGACCUAUUUUUUGUUUGCUUUAGAAGGCAAUAAAGCAAUAACAGCCAAUUUUCUUUGAAAUUGAUAUAUAUAUAUGUUUUUACGUUAAAGGAUAGGAGGACAGGUGUGUGAAUAGUAUGUUCUGAAGUAUCUAACCUCAGGUUACCUUAUCUCUAUCCAGGCUUUUUACAACUUGUAACUGUCACCCUGUAUAUAGUCUCCCCCCUUUCUUUCCCAUUUGAUCUCUGAUUUCUGUGGGAUGGCCUUUGUCCCUUGGCCUCAAGGGUCAUAAGUGCUGCUCAAAUGGCAGUACCUUUGUCAAACACCAGACCUGCCCCAGGCAUCUUCUCCAGUCCCCCUUGAACAAAGUCUGGGUUGCUAUAGUAGAGGAGCCUUUCUAAAUCAGCCUCAGAACAAAUGCUUGAGUUAGGAGUACUUUUUGUUUUUUAUUUUCUGUCACCUUGAGCCAUCUUCACCAGCUCCACCUGACUGCAUGUUUUGGGGGGUGGGGUGGGGAAUUCAAAUGGUAGCAUUACUCAAAACUUUGCCAAAGGUGAGCUCUAGGCCACGAACUUCCUGGGAGUGCUGGAUGCUCAGUGACAAAGUGUAAGACUCACCCUGCCUCUUUCUUUUUCUAUAGGCUGAUUCCUGGGAAUCUCCAGGCCUCUGGGAAUUCCUUCUACUCUGUCUUUUGUUCCUGGAAAUUCUCAACCCAACCCCUUUCCCUCCACUCCCAAAGCUUCAGGCACCAGCAAGCAUCCCAGAUGUGCCUGGCUGGCUACCUGCCAUGCUGGAGUUGCCAUAGACCUUGUGCCAACCUUGCCAGAGAAUCACCCAAUGGUGAGACACAUGGGCAGUUCACAGGGCAGCCCACGAUUGCAGGGGGCCCUGGAACUGAAUGUCCUGAUGGAUCUGUGUGUAGACCAGCUAGACAGCAAAGUGGACUCCUGAGAGGUGGAAAGUCUUUCUUGGUAAAUCCAUUAUUUGUAAAUGGUGUCAAAACUUUCCUUUUUUUCUCCCUUGCCUCCUCUCCCAGACUCUUUAUGUCUCUCCCCAUCUUAUCUCCCUCCCUGCUUUUACUGGCUCUUUUCUCUCUUGCGUGUGGGACUGGUAUUGAAGAUUUCUCCAGGUUCAGACAGAUGCCUAUGCACUGCUUAAGGGUGCAGGUCAGAAGCAUGGACAGCAACAGCGGGCCCACUCAUCCCCCCUCUUAAUGAAUGGCCUGGGCUUUGCCUACUGGUGGGCUGUUGCUGGGGCUGACAUCAGCCUCACGUGUCUGUGUUUGGAAGUUUGGCUUUGCUCAAUGAGAGUUUGUAUUUUCAUCCCGGAGGUAUAGUACUCAGUCUGUUCUCUGUAACUAUUUGGGGAUUUUUUUUUUUUUUGGUACCGGGGAUCAAACUCGGGUCCUUGCGCUUGGGCAGGAGGUGGCGAAACCACUGAACUAGCUAAGUCCCCGGCCCACUAUUUGGGGAUUUAAUCUUUCCAGAACUGCUUUGAUUUUUUUGGCAGAUCUAUGUCAUGUUUUGCAACAGUUUUAAUGUGGUGGCUCUCUAAGUCAAAGAGCUUCUCUUAGAAAACACUCCUAGUGUUCUGGCCCUGACUUCAUCUCUUGACUCUUGUCUUUCUCUCUGCCAAGUAGAAAGGGCCCUUGGCUCCUAUGUGUGUGGACAGCACCAAGCAGAACGCUUAAUUCUAAGUGAGUUAGAUUUGAGCACAAGUCAAAUGACAGGAAAGAAACCACUCUCAAGUGAGGUUGGCCUGGGGAUCUUUUGCCCAGCCUCUCACACCUUGACUAGCAAUAUAUCUAUUUAAUUCUACCUUGAUUGAGACAAACCCACUGACUCAGCCCUAGCCUCAAGCCCUGAAGAUCUUCAUCUCAUCUUUUCCAGCAGCACAGAGCUGACAGUCACAGUGGGUUGGGAGUGACCCUCCUAGUGCAGGUUCCCCAUGACCUUGGAGUCCUGCUUGUGAUCUGUGCAGUGCAGUGAGAAGUAACCGUUGCCCAGGAGCCUUGGCAGGAAGCUGGGCCAAGGGGUUGAUUAUUUCCCCUUUUCUAAACUAGGUGAGCUCUUUGGGGCUAAGCCGUGGGUUGCCCACCCAUUGGGAACUAGCUUUCCAAGUUUUUCUGGAGCCCCCCUCUGGAUAUCUGUUUCUUUUUAAACUAACUUAAUAUGCCUUAAUCGCCUGUGAGCAGUCAAGUCACCUGCCCAGCCCAGCAGCUCUAUCUCUUCUCAAAUGAGGCUUACUAGAAUGCCGCUUCUUGUGUAGGUACCACCUCCUCCUCCCCCUGUGCCCAUCGGUAUUUUGACAGCUGGCCUUUUUGCUAAGUCUGUAUCUCAUUCCCCUCCAGUGGAUCAUUGCCUUCAUGGUCCCUUGCUUAAUGAUACAUGGUGAAGCCUCAAAAGUUAGUCUUGUAGAGAAUUACUCAGCACCACCAGAGAAAUGCUGGUGGAAGUGAGACCUCACUGUAUUGGGGACCUUCGGGGGCUUGGAGUGAGACUGACCCGCCCACCUUGGGUUAUCUGGGAUUAGAGAAAGGACAGUCAGAUGGUGGCAUCUUACAGGUUAUACAACCCCAGACAAGUUUGUCUUCUUCAGCCUCCCCAGAAGUGAGGCUGACUUUAGGAAAGUGCUAAGGAACAUGAACAGAAAUAGCCAUCAGCCUAAGUUCCUGAGCUUUAGAGGCUGAGAAAGGAUUUGGGAAAAUCCUGAGCAUGAUUUUCCUAAAGGAAACCAGUCGUUCCCAUCUGGGGUUGAUAGCCACCUCAUCAGUCUGUGUUGACAAUUUGUUUUUCAUCCUGAUGCACCCAGAUUGGCCCCUGGAGUGAAGCACGACUGCAGAGAUAAAGCCUCCACUCCCCAGUUUGGAAGUUUAAUCUAUGGAAGUGUCUGAAGUGACAGAGUGGUUCUGUAGCCUGGGAACACCCCCCACACCCACCCUGAGUAUGGGAGCCUGGAGGCCAUGAUCCCAUGGGAUGAGGGACAAUGUUGGGGUAGAGAGAGCCACCCGAGCAGAGUGACCCACUCCACAUCUCAGAGGGGAACCAGCUUGGGCUGAGUCCCGUGGUGAGUAGGGAAACCUGGCUCUGUGCUGAGAAGGUGCCAGGAGCCACCCCCAUGGAAUCUGGGGAGGCCAGGGCUGUGGAAGCCUAAGUCCAUGCCAACAGAAUGAGCACCCUGGGUCAUCACCAGUCCAGGUCUCUAGUCCCCAUCGCUCUCUGGAUUUUUCCUUCCUUUAUUUGGUUGGCUCCUGCAGGAAGAGAGGCAGAAAGCCAGCUCUCUGCUCUGGAAAACCAGCCCAAGGUUUCCGGCAAGUGAACCCUUGAAAUUGUCACCUCCCAGCCCAUCUCCUUUUCCUCCCUCCCCCUUACAACACCCUCAAAUAGUUGCCCCUCACCUGAGCCAUGGCACCUCUUAAUGUGACUUGGACUAGCUGUUCUGUGACAAUCCCUGGUGGCAUCACACCAGCUAAAAAUCAUGCUAUAAUCUAAAGAAAAAGUUGAGCCUUUAAAUGAUGAUCUCAUUCCACAUUGCCAUAUAGAUCCCAUAACUAUGGAGCUCACAAGAGUAAUUGCAGUGUGGAAGGUGUUUUAUGUUUUAUACUGUAUUAUUUCCUAAGUCACACAGGUAUCCUAGAAGUCACAUGCUUCCCAGCGGGUUAUGAUUCCCAUGUGUUUUGCAAGAUGGAGUAAGAGGGCAGAACUACGGUAUUUAGAAAUAUAGUAUAUAUUUUCCGAACUGUUCUGGGCUCAUCCUCAGAUAUUUGAGUCAUGGUAGGACAAGAACUCAAGUUGUGGGGGGGGGGGGGGACUAAGGUCCCUGCCUGUGGUGUUCUUGCAGUUGCCUUAUGAAUUCACAAGCUCCAGGACUUCUAAAUGGAAGGCAAGUGCGAGGCACUUUAUCCGAUCCUGGAAAAAAUCUAACCACAUGACCAAGAAUUCAUCUAGAAAAACCUAUAUUUUUAAUGUAAACAAAAAGAGAGGGGGGAAGAUUUCCUGGACCUCACAGAGUAUUGGGUGUCUACAAGUGCUUUUAUAUUUUGUAACUGUAAAGAGGUUUCUUAUGCACAGAAGAGCAGUUGGAAACUGGUCCACUGCAGUGAAACGAGAUGACAUUUGCAUGUACAGAGACGUUGCAUUCAGACUCUGAAAACAGCAAAUAAAGCUUUGAUGUAAGUUGCAUUGGA